AUGGGCUUGAGGAACCACAGCUCCAUCACCGAGUUUAUUCUCAUUGGGCUGUCUGACGACCCCCACAUCAAGGCUCUGCUCUUUGUGCUCUUCCUGGUGAUUUACCUCCUGACCAUGAUGGGGAACCUGACAAUGCUGCUGGUGAUCAGGGCUGAUUCCCACCUCCACACACCCAUGUAUUUCUUCUUGAGUAAUCUAUCAUUUGUGGACCUCUGCUUCUCUUGCGUCACCCUGCCCAAGCUGCUGAAAGACCUCUUGUCUGAGAAGAAAACAAUCUCUGUUGAGGGAUGUCUGGCUCAGGUCUUCUUUGUGUUUUUCUCUUCAGGAACUGAAGCCUGUUUGCUCUCAGUGAUGGCCUAUGACCGCUAUGCUGCCAUCUGCCACCCACUGCUCUAUGGCCAGGUUAUGAGCAACCAGCUCUGUAUGAGGCUGGUGUUGAUCUCAUGGGGCCUGGCCUCUCUCAAUGCAUCUGUCAUUGUGCUCUUGGCUAUUAACUUAGAUUUCUGUGAUGCCCAAACUAUACACCACUACACCUGUGAACUGCCUGCUCUUUUCCCCCUGUCUUGCUCUGAUAUCUCCAUCACUACCAUUGUCCUUCUCUGCUCCAGCUUACUGCAUGGGCUUGGAACUUUCCUCCCAAUCUUCUUCUCCUAUGCCCGUAUUAUCUCCACCAUCCUGAACAUCAGCUCCAGCACAGGCAGAAAGAAAGCAUUCUCUACUUGCUCCUCCCACUUCAUUGCAGUGAUUCUGUUCUUUGGCUCAGGUUUUCUUUGUUAUCUCAUGCCUCCCUCUGGCUCCUCUUUGGAUUUGAUCCUCUCCGUACAGUACAGUGCAGUCACACCCAUGUUGAAUCCCCUCAUAUACAGCUUAAAAAACAAGGAAGUGAAGGCAGCUGUGAAAAGGACAUUGGGGAAAUAUCUAUAA